GUUGGAAUUUGCACCAUGACGGUCUGUUGGCUAGCAAUUUUAUUGUUUGUUUUCAACCUAGGCAAAAAUAUUAGCCAGAAUUGAUCAAGAAAUGAGAGAAAUGAGAACAGUGGUUCUGCAAAAUAGAACUACUAUAAACUACCCGUUACUUAAACAUAAUCCUCAUUAUCAGCAAUUUACUGGAAUACACUGUUUAAUAUCUCUAGUUUUUGACAUAUUAUUGAUGAACAAGUUGAUAAUUGAAGUGAAGAAAUAGAUGAAACCUCCUCAAACAAAUUUUGACUGGCGAAUAUGACUAAAAUGGUUCUCCCACUUCAUUGGCUCUCUAAUAUUAUUUCCACUAGUUAUCAUAAUCAGGCCCUACAUGCUCUCUAAUGUAUUACAAACUUGAUCAUCCUUUAGAUAAACAGUGCUAGAAUUAUUGUUACUCUUUGCUAGAAUCAUAACUAGAAUAGUUGCUGGCAUUACUAAACACAGUCCCUUAUCAAGAAUUUGACAGGAACCCAUUUCUAAAGGGAGAACGAAGAAUGGCUUGACUCCAUUUGGAAGGCAGGAGCCAUUAUGCUGUCUAGUUAAUAAUAAGUUUCUUUCACUGUUUCCUUGAUGUAUCCCAACCCAUGGCCUUGACUUGUUUUGAGGAACACCCAAGUUAGGAGGGAACACGUUCCCGAGUUACAAGCCAGCCAUGUGGUAAUGGCUGCUAGUUUUGGUUUGGUUUUUUAAGACUUUUCUGUACUUCCUUACUGUUACAUUGUCUUUGGUAAAACUGCUUUGCAAAUAUUCCAGAAGGAAUGCAUCCAAUGUCGCAAAACUAUCUUUUGAAAAAGACAUGAUCACAAAGUAAAGGGGUAGUGUUCAGGAAUUUCCUUUGCAAAUUUACUCCUCAAAAGGGACCUGUCUUAGUUAGGGUAUUCAUGGUUGUGAAGAGAAACCACGACAAAGGCAACUCUCAUAAAGAGCAGAUCGAUCCAUGCUUAUCACCCUGUACAAAGCUUAAGUCCAAGUGGAUCAAGGACCUCCACAUCAAACCAGACACACUCAAACUAAUAGAAACCGGGAAAGGGAAUAACACUCGAAAUGUAUAUAAGAAAUACUCAAGUUAAUAAAAAUAAAUAAAUAAAUAAAAAUUAAAAAAGAGCAACAUUUAAAUGGGGAUGCUUUACAACAGGGAGAAGAAAAGAGUUGGAGGGAUAAAUAACACUAGAGUAUUUGUAAAAGUCAUAUGAAAAUCUAUCACUGUAGAGGCUUCCAAAAAUAAAUCUAUACACAUCUAUGCAAAGAGUUAAGAUAGAGUUGCCCUCAACUUAGGCAGCAGUGCCCCAUUAGACACCACAGGGCAACAAGAAGCCCACUUCCAGGAGCUAGUUUGAUUUUUACAGUUGCUAGACAGAGUGGUCUCUAACCCUUAUAGGCCAUUGUGCCUGCUCUUCUUUAGUUUCCCAAAUUUGGAACUUCCAAUAAGUGUUGAUAAGACAGACACAUACUUGAGUUAUAAAACAUGGCAAAAAUCAAGCUAAUACUGAUUCAGAAGCUUCAUCUCUACUGGACAGCGUUCAUAGUGCUAGAAGGAACUGUCUUUAAUACCAGAGGAGAAAAGGAAUCAUUAACCAGCCCCAGAUGUGAGAUACAAUAAUGACUGAAUGGGAAAGACAUACCCACUUAUGUCUUUAGCAAGCACUAAAUAAAGCUAAAGACACAUAAAGUGUAGUAGUGGUAAGAAUGUCAUCUAAGUAACCAACUGCUUCCUGGUUGGGUUUAAUAGCCUCUCCAUAAGAUGAAACCCAUACCUGGCAAAGAACUAAACGCUAGACAGAUCAUUUACCUUAGGUGAGAAUGACUACUAUUUUACGGUUAAAUGGGCACAGUGUUAAGCCACCUUAAAUGAUUUAUCACUUUUCCCAUAGAUUAAGGUAUCCCUCAACUUUUACCAUGGAUGCUAGUGUUUUUCAGAAGAUGAUAAUCAACACAGAUACCCACAAUGGCCAUGAGGCAGAGAAUAAGACAGUGAGGAAUGUCUAACCCUUGAUGUAACAUGAAUACUUCUACCUCAAAGGCACAGGGGUGGGUGUGGAAGAGGGGGUAAAAGACAGUAAGAGCCAGAGUUGGAAGAUCACUACAAGGAAAGAAACAGUGUCUUCUGGACACAGCAGGGCAGCUCUACAGAUGAAGAAUGAUUGUGAAAGCACAUGUAAGACCUGUCUGACCCAAGCCAGACCAAACCCCAGCCAGACAGGGAAAAUCAGGAAUUGCAAGGUAUGUGAAUCUUGUGAGGAAAUAAGAUUGAAGGCAGAGGGGUGAGAUGGUUGUCCAACGUUGAUUGACAUCUGUACAGGAGCCCAGACAAUGGCCUGUGUAAAUUCAGUUCGAGCUGCACUUGUGGAGUCAGGCAUCAGGAAAAUUACCUUUCAAGGCUGUGCUUCAACCUACUUAGUAAGCUGGUUGUCCAUGUUCCGCCUCAGUUUCCUAGUCCCACAUUCUACAUACUUUAUCAUUUUAGGACCGUGUAGGUUCUUCUGCCAAGAAAUGAAAGGUUAAUAGGUCGAAAGACAGCUAAGUAGCUUGAUAUUUCACUUUCAGCUUCUUGGAAAUAAAGGUGCUUCUGAAAAACAAUCUUAUCCACUUAUAUCUUGGCCAGCAUAUACCUAGAGACAAGGAGAAGCCAGAAGUAUUCUGCCUAACCACCUUGAACCUGACAUUUUCCUCAUAGGAAGCAGGACGAGGGUUCAUGUAAAAAGCUUGGAGCAGAAUUGAGGAGUACCUGCAGCUGAACUAUAGCGUGUGAAUCCAGGGGACAUGGGCAUUUCCACUAAGUGAGCAGGAGUGUUCAGAUCUAACCUCUUACCCUCACCAUCUCUUUUCUCUAAAGAGCUAAUAUGUAGCAAGACAUUUAGCAAGAUGCCUAGACACUGGGGGUCCUCAGCUAGGAAGCUAGGGGGAUUUGAUGGGAGGUGGGCAGAUCUGGCUUGUGGAUGGUCUUUGCUCACAUCAUUCAAGAUGAGAGGCUUUAAAGAAAUGAUCUGGAUGUUGGAUUUGGUAAAAUAUAUCCAAUUAAUUUGCUUGCCUCUUAUUCCCGUCCUUAAAAUGGUUGCAAUGGAUGUCAGGUAACAGACUAUCUCUGCAGUGUGUCUGAGGUUUGUUGUCUCUCAGGCUCAAAUUGCUUCCCAAUUCAGGGUCAAAUAAUUAAUCCCUAACAUCCCUGGGGACACUGAACUGUGGAGAAGAGGUCUCUCUACAGGCUGCUUCUGCUGGAGCUGGCUGUAGAAAUCUGUGUCCCAAGAGUUGUGUUCAAACCCUUCAAAAAUAAUUGUAUUUAUUGCAAAGCAGGAGAGCUAAGGAUCUUCUCGGCAUCGGUGAGGAACAUGCGCUGUGUCAGGACAUGAUGGCAGCUGGCCUUUAGGCAGGCCUCCUUUUGUAAUGGCGGCAGCUGUGCCAUAGCCUUCGUCUGCUAUGUUCCUCUUCCUUGGGAAGAACUUGCAGAUGCCUAGUACUGUGGAGUCUGCGUCACAAAACCAGGAGUAGGAAUAGAAAGAAAGGGAAGAGGGAACUGAAGAGUUGAGAACAGGUUGUGUUCUUUUCCUAUACUGGCCAUACACCCUAGGUGAGAAUCUAAUACUAUUUAUUCUGCUAAAUGGAUUCAAUAGUAAACCAGCUCCUACUGAUUUGCCAUUGUACCCAUAGAUUAAGGCAUCGAUAAACCCUUAUGGAAGCUCAUAUAUGUGGUAGGUGAUAAUCAAUAGAGAUAUCCACAACUGGCCAAGGUACAAAACAUAAGACAUCUAUAAAUGUCCAACACUAAGUGAAAUAUAUAUAGAACUCCCUCCAAAGGCGCGGGAAUGACUGCGGAAGAGGGCGUGGAAGGACUGUAAGAGCCAGAGUUGGUGGAAAUACAAGAAAACAGUGUAUUUACCACACUACAGGGAAGCCACAUGUAAAACCUCACAGUGAUUGUGACAGCAUGUGUAAGACUCCUCAAGCCCUAGACAGACCAAAUCCCAAGAAGACAGGAGAGUUGACAAGAAUUAAGGAACAUGGCUCUACAGUGGUAGGGAAAUAAGGUUGUAGUCAAAGAGGAGACAGAUUGUGUCUUGAGUGAUACUAAAAUUAGCAUCUGCACAGACUCCCAGACAAUGUGUUGUGUGACUGUAGUUUAGGCUGCAUUUGUGAAGUCAGGUUUCAGAAAAACUCACGGGUUCAGGUCAAGCCUAGUUAGUAAACUGUUUCUUCAUGCCCCAUAAAUUUCCAAGUUCCCCGCUGUUAUGUUAGAACUGUCCAGGUUUCUCUGCCAAAAAGUUAAGUGUUUCUGGCAUGAAAAAUAACUGUUCUGUUUCACUUUCAUCUUCUUGAAAAUACAGUAGAUUCUGAAAAGCAAUUAGACCUAUGCUCCCCCAUGAUUGGCCAACACACAAUGAGAUAGGAGAGGCAUAAGCCAGAAGGAUGUGUAAGUCCUAUAUAACUGAGUUGAACCUGCUGCCUUCCACAGAGGUUUUCAUGUGUAGAGGAGGGAGCACGCUGAAGGGGAUUUCCUGUAGCUAAACUACAGCAAACAAAUCCACUGGAUCAGGAUUUUCUGUUCAUUUGAACAAACUUCUGUAUCUCGGGAUUCCUGCACAGCUGUCCCAAUUUCUCCUGAAGUGACCUUUUAAAUCAUCGACAUGGGUCAGCUCUUCUCUGACACAUCUAAGAGUGAAGACAAUGGCGGAGAUUUGGUGUCUAGCUCCAAUGCCUAUUUUAAAAAGAUUAAUACAAAAACCAAAAUUAUUUCUCCGGAAACUAUCCGUUUAAUAGAGUUACACCUGAGCAAAGGAAACAUUCUUGGGGCAAGUGAUUUAAUCAGUGAUGCAUUAAAAAAUAUUGAGAGUAUCCCAAUAAAUAUUGCUGUGACAGGGGAGUCAGGAGCAGGGAAAUCCAGCUUCAUCAAUGCACUGAGAGGGAUUAGACCUGAAGAGGAAGGUGCAGCUGAAGUUGGGGUAGUAGAGACAACUAUGGAGAGAACUCCUUACCAACAUCCCAAAAUUAAAACUUUGACCUUAUGGGACCUGCCUGGUAUUGGAACUCAGAAAUUCCCACCAAAGACUUAUUUGGAGAAAGUGAAAUUCGAAGAAUAUGAUUUCUUCAUUAUUGCUUCUGCCACACGUUUUACAAAACUUGAAUUAGACCUCGCCAAAGCAAUCAGAAUUAUGAAAAAGAAUUACUACUUUGUGAGAACCAAGGUGGAUUUUGAUUUAGAAAAUGAAAAGAGAUCCAAACCACGUACUUUUGACAGAGAAAAGACCCUGAAGAAGAUCCGAGGCUGUACUAUGAAGACCUUUAGAGAAAAUAAUAUGGAUGUACCACAAAUUUUCUUGAUCUCUAGCUAUAAUUUAUCUGACUAUGAUUUUCCAGUCCUGAUGGACACCCUGAUUAAGGAUAUCCCUGCUCAAAAGCGCUACAAUUUUAUGCUUUCCCUGCCUAAAAUUACAGAAGCAGCCAUUGACAGAAAGCACAAAGCUAUGCAGGAGUUUGUCUGGCUAGAAGCCUUCAAAACUGGAGCUUUGGCAACUAUUCCUGCACUGGGCAUCCUCAGGGAUAAUGAUGUGGAGAAGCUAAGGCAGAAGUUAAACAACUACCGACAACUCUUUGGAGUAGAUGAUGAAUCUCUGGAGUUUAUGGCUAAGGAUUUCCAAGUGCCUGUUGCACAACUGAAAGAAAUACUUAAGUCUCCUCAUUUGUUGAAGACUGACAGAGAGGAAACAUUACAAGACAAGCUAUUGAAAUAUUUAGAGAUAUUUGCAUCAGCUAAUGGUGGGCUCCUUGCUACAGGUCUUUACUUCAGGAAAACUUAUUAUUUACAACUUCAUUUCCUUGACACAGUGGCUGAAGAUGCCAAAGUUCUCCUUCAAUGGAAAUAUUCAAAACACUAGUUCAAAUUCAACUUAUCCACAACUUCUUACCCUGACAACAUCAAGUGAUCAAUAUCAGGAAGUCACUAGGGAAAUUCCCCCUCUGAUAGCUUUUCUUUACAGCCAAUCCACUACCACCAUGGAAAAGCUGAGGAUAAAGACCAUGUGUCUUAAUAUGCCAGAACCUGACAAUCCCCAAUCCUUCUUCAGUUUUUAAUUUCUCUCAUAUCAUUUUCUCUUUACACUACACAUACAUACUUGAAUACAUACACACAUGCACACACAUGCACAUGCACACACAAAAACAUGCCAGUGAACAUGCAAAUGCAUACACACAAAAGAUACAAUAGGUGUUUUGUAGCCAUUUGCCCCUAAUCAAAGCAUCCUAACAAAGAUUCAAGAAACUCAGGUCUCUAUGCUGAGUACAUAAAACACUUGGCAUGUGUAUUGGUUUGAACACAUAUGGCUCCAUUGACUCAAUUGUUUUAAGGCUUCACCCAUAGGUAGAGGCAAUAUUAGAAAGUAUGGCCUUGUUAGAAUAAUUGUUGCCAUGUUGGGGGCAGUAGGUGUAUUCGAAGUCUUAUAGAUGUUCACGUAUCCCAGUUUUGUAGUUAUUUUCUGCUGCCUUGGAAUCAAGAUGUAGACCUCUUUGCUCCUGCAGACCCAUAUCUGCCUGCACAUGGCCAUGCUUCCCACAUGAUGAAAACGGAAUAAACCUCUGAACUGUGAGCCAGCCCCAAUUAAAUAUUUUCCUUUAUAAGAGUUGCCUUGGUCAUGGUGUCUCUACACAGCAAUAGAAACCCAAAGACAGAAAUAGUUCCCAGGGACUUGGGUGUUGCUGUGAUGGGCCUGAUAAUGUUUUCAUUUGGAGGAAUUUGGACUUUGGGACUUUGUGUUAGGAAAGCACUAGAGGACUCUAAGAGCUAAUUAAUGGGCCAUAUUAGUAAGAGCAUGAAAGACAGUAUUUAUUGCCGGGGUGAUGUAACAUUUGAGUCCUAGAUUAGGAGCUUUCAGAGGACAAGCAUAUUAGCAUGUUGCCUAGACAUCAUCCUUGUAUUAUUUUGGUGAAGAAUGUGGCUGAUUUCUGCGCUUAUCCAAAAACUCAGCCUAAAACUAAAGUGAAAAGAUUUCAAUUAAUUGCAUUGGCAGAGGAAAUCUCAAAGCAACCUAACAUAGACACUGCCCUGUUGUUCAUUCUUUUUGAAGAUGAUUUUGUUGAAACAGUACAAACUUAGAAAGGAAAAAAAUGCAUGGUUUAAGGAUUAAAGUGGUACCAGAAAUUGGAAAGGAGCUAAAUUCUGUGUUCAGAAAGAUAAACAGAUUGAAGAUAUUUAAUGGAAUUAAGGGAGAGGUAACCUCAGGGCAAGAUCCCACCCAGGUAAGCUUCUAUUUUAUAAAAAGGAAUUAAAGAAAAGCUUAGGUCCAGCUUUUAAUCUUAGAACUAAGCUGAGAGGGGCAUGUAGGUCUCUUUUUGGUUUAAGGUCAGUCAGUCUACAGAGCAACUUCCAGGAGAGCCAAGUGGCAGACGCCAUGAAGGAAAACUGCUGUGGAGAAGCGGGCGUCCUGGAGACUGCCCACUGUUUUGCUCAGAUACUGUGGUACACACUGGAGUAGCACAGUGCCAGGGCUUGAUUUCAGGAUUGCUACUUGUCUUCUCAUGUCUGUCACUGCUAUAUUCCUCACAUAUCUCUAGCUUGAUGUGAUUGGGAAUGAGGAGGACCUCACUGCCUAGAGCCUGGUGUGAUUCCUCCCUGGGUGAUAGCCCACUCUACUGAGCAAUUUUCCUGCAGAUCAGCAUGAAGAUGAACAUUUAUGAGAUAACAUUAUUUAGAUUAACUAAUGGUUUUACAGAGUUCUUGGAUUGAUUUAAAUAGUUAAAAUAACUAGAAAGUGUAAGGAGGUGGUUUAAGUUGUUUUGCCAGAAAUAUAUGAAAAAGUAAAAAACCAGACUACAAUAUGCCCUUUCCCUGUAGGUAUGUGUUUCAAAGACUUAAACAUAAUCAACAAUACCAUUGCAAUUACCUGCUAUGCCAUCAUUUUAUCUGUUUGUGAAGAAUAUGUUGUGGUGGUAAUUGAUUUUAAUUAAUAUGUAAUUGUGCCUAUGUAGCAAUCUUUCUUACAUAAAGAACUUUGUCUUAGGUGGUAUAAAAUUGCUAAGAAAAAAAUAAAGUUGUUAAAAUCAA